AUGGCGUCAGGCGCUCUCAGCCUUGAAGAGUUUCCCGCAUACUUGAACACUCAAAAGAACCUGUCAAGUCAUCGAUCUUCUGAAGGGACCCCAGACGACGACAAGGAAAUUCAGCAUCUCAUCCGUAAUGCCAACAAACUCGCCAAUGUUCUGCGUAGCCCUGCGAUGAAAGUUGCUCUUCUCGGCGCUCAAGGUAUAGGCAAGAGCCUGAGCACCAACGCCAUUUUCGAUUGUGAUGGCUUCUCGCUCCCCGGCGCUGAUGGUGCCGCCUGCACCAGCACUGUAACGCGAUACAUCGACUACCCCAGGGGAGGAAGUGGCGGUCACCGAUUCUUUGCCAAGAUCAAGUUUCUGGACGCUGAGAAAAGAAAGGCCCUUCCUCAAGAGCACGCGCGAUCUUAUCAUGAGUACCAGCAUGCCGACGAAGAUUGGUUGAAGAGGACGCACCCUCGUCGAAGAAGAGGAAACGCGAAAAAAAACUUGUAG